AUGGCGUCCCAGAUCGUGACCGCGGACGACAAGUCUCUGGACUCUCUGCCGCCGAAGUACCCUUCAAAGGCUGCCGAUGUUGCCGUUGAUCCGGCAUACGCCAGCGACGUCGACGAGGCCGAUGCAUCAAAUCCAUUCCGAGACCCGAAGGUUGCAGAGUUCUAUCGGGAUCUCUAUGAGAAAGUGCAGUACGAAUGUCGUCACGAAUUCGACCCGGAGCUGGAAUGGACUGAGAAGGAGGAGAGGAAGAUUGUGCGGAAGUUAGACUGGCAUGUCACCACAUGGGCAUGUAUCAUGUUCUUUGCCCUCCAGGUGGAUCGAUCCAACAUGAGCCAGGCUGUCAGUGACAACAUGCUUGAUCAAUUGGGUUUGACCACGAAUGAGUACAACUAUGGGCAUACCAUCUUCCUCGUAUCAUUCCUUCUGGCCGAACUUCCAUCCCAGUUGGUGUCCAAGAAGCUGGGGCCGGACCGAUGGAUUCCGAUGCAAAUGGUAUUGUGGUCUAUCGUUGCCGCCUCACAAGCUGCCCUCAACGGCAAGUCCAGCUUUUAUGCCACUCGAGCGCUCAUCGGUGUGCUCGAGGGAGGCUUCAUCCCGGAUCUUGUUUUGUGGCUGUCGUAUUUUUACACCAGCUCCGAACUUCCACUACGCCUAUCCUUCUUCUGGACCUCCCUCGACGUUACCUCAAUUGUCACAGCACUCAUGGCAUACGGACUUCUGCAAAUGAACGGCAUCCACGGACUAGCUGGCUGGCGAUGGCUUUUCCUAAUCGAAGGCCUCAUCACCCUCGCCGUCGGCGUUGCCUCGUUCUUCCUUAUGCCCGCGUCGGCGGUUUCGACCAAGACAUGGUUCAGACCCAAUGGCUGGUUCAACGAUCGAGAAGUCGGCAUCGUGGUCAACCGCGUGCUACGUGAUGAUCCUUCGAAAGGAGAUAUGCACAACCGCAUGGCGAUUACGCCCUCUCGUCUAUGGCGAGCUCUGUGUGAUUACGAUCUCUGGCCCAUUUACAUCAUUGGUCUUGUCGUCUUUCAACCAUUCUCGCCACCGAGUACGUAUCUGACUCUGUCACUGCGGAAUCUCGGAUUCGGCACGUUGAACACGAACCUCCUUACGAUACCCUCGACCGCGGCCAGUAUCGUUACCCUCAUUGGCCUUACGUGGCUCAGCGAACGUGUUAACGAACGCUCUUUCAUCGCCAUGCUACAGAAUAUCUGGGCGUUGCCCUGUCUGCUCGUUUUGCGCUUCUGGUCGGGAACUAUGGAGAACCAAUGGGGAACAUACGCAGUCAUCUCCGUCCUCCUCUCGUACCCAUACUGCCAUGCAAUCGUCGUGGCAUGGGCAUCACGCAACUCGGGAUCUGUUCGCACAAGAUCAGUAUCGGCCGCUUGUUAUAACAUGAUGGUCCAAGUCGGUAAUGUUUGCUCUGCGAAUAUCUACCGGUCCAGCGAUGCGCCAGUGUACCACCGCGGCAACAGCAUUCUGAUCGGGCUCAAUAUUCUUGCGAUUCUGUUGUACCCGGCGACGAAAGCGUACUAUAUGUGGCGAAAUAAGAAGAGAGAGGAGGCCUGGGACGCUAUGACUCCUGAGCAGAAGAAGGAUUAUAUUGAGAACACGAAGGACCAGGGGAACAAGAGGUUGGACUUCCGGUUUUCGCAGUAG